GCAAGUGCAACAACUAAUUGAAGAGAAGAAAACCUUGGAUGCUAAGACAAAGGAGAGCAAGGCACGAGCUGCAGCACUGGACGAAGCACUCUCAGCUUGCCAGCAAGAAAUGGAGGAAGUAGAAGCUCAGACACCACAGGACGAGAACGUCCAAGCACAUCUAGCUCAGUUGCGUCAACUAGUGAUGAGAAAUGAGGCUCUUAAGCGUGAAAAGAACGAGUUCCGAACCAAAUGUCGUCUCGAACUGGAAGCACUGAAAGAGCGUGUCGAGAAGCUGAAAGUCCAGGUAGCAGAAGACGCUAGCAAUCAAGAUGAAGAGGCUCUACGACUCAAUGAAAUCGAGCAGAUGCACGCUCAGAUGGCUCAAAAACACAAGGAUAUGAAGGUCGCAGCGGCCAAGCAGACCCGGGCAUUGCAUUUAAAAAUGAAGCAGAUUGAUGAGAUCCCGACGCGGAUUGAGCUGGUGCAGUACGAGAAGCGAUUCCUCGAGCUUUAUGACGAAGUGGCGUUGACACUAGACGAAACACGCAAGUAUUACUGCGUGUACAAUACUCUCAAGACGACACACGAGUUUCUGGAGAAGGAGAUCUCGCUCAUUAACAGUAUCAACGACAACUUUGACGUCGCAAUGGGCUCCAAGACAGCAACACAGGCGUUCUUCAUGCAAGUUGACAACAUUAUUCAGAAUGUGCAAGGGACUGUAACCAAGCAGCAGAAUGCACGAGACGACCACCAGACCAGUGUGGAAACGCUGGACAGUAAAUAUCAGUUGCUGCUUGAGCAGGAACGAAUGUACGUGAAUGCAAUUCGAGAGUUCCAGAAGGAGUGCGAGAAGAAUGAGAAGCUCGUAGCUCGACUCAAAGAGUUGAAACAAUAGUAUGAUUUUGAAGAAUGAAGGUCAUGUAACCGGUGUAUUGCAAGGUGCGUAAAAAUAAUCAACCCA